GUGAGGUCCCAGCACAGCUUUCUCAGCCUGCAGAGUGACUUGUUGGACGCCUGUGAGCACAGACUCUGGAGAUGAAGGCCCUGCUCCUGAGCUUUGGCUUUGGCCUUGUUGCUGUCCUGCAGGCCCAGGAAUUCCCUGACACGGAAGAGAUCCAAGAUGUGACAGGAACAUGGUACAUAAAAGCUACAGCAUCUGACAAGGAGAUUCCUGAAGAGCUUGAGUCUGUGUCUGUGACUCCCAUGACCAUCACAGCCCUGGAAGGGGGCAACCUGCAAGUCAACUUCACUGCCCUGAUUGUAGAUCGGUGCCGAGAGGUGAGCUUUGUCCUAGAGAAGACAGAUAAACCUGACAAAUACACAGUUGAUGGGGGCACUCACGUGCUCUACGUCAUGCCAUCUGCAGUGAAGGACCACUACAUUUUCAACUGGGAGAGCAAAAAUCACGCAUUUCAAUUCCGAUUGGCAAAGCUCCUAGGCAGAGACCCUGACAUCAACCAGGAGGCCCUGGAAGAUUUCCGGAAUGCUGCGAGAGUUGCAGGCCUCAAUGCAGAGAAGAUCUUCAUCCCCAAGCAGAGUGAAACCUGCUCUCUAAGAGGCAAUUAGGCAGUGACUCAUGGGUCCAGGCCUGCCUCACAGCAUUGCUCCACCCAGGCCAUCUGAGCAAGGGACGCAGAAGGAGCGCCCCCUCUCUGUCCUGGCUUCACCCAUCCCUUCCCUCUGUUCCCUACUCCCCUGCUUCCCAUUAAAGAACUUCAUCAUC